AUGGCCCAGAUGGUCAGUAUAUUUAUGUCGAUCUGGGCUCAGCAACAGCAGCGAGAACCUACUCAGUUUUCUCAGCCAGAACAAGGACCCUACCUGGGAGAACAGAAUCAUGAUGCUAUGCCACAGUCGAUCGAAACAGGUUUACGAGAUAACAUGGAGCCCCGACCCUUUAUAUCCCAAAGCUCUGACGCACCGGGCCAAUUGCCUCCAGAUGCCUCUUUUGAUCCUGCAACCGGAGCCGUUCUGCCUCAUCUGCUAUCAGACCUUCUUCGGCUUGAUCCGGUCAUGGCAACUGCUUUCCAUGCGGCAAAUGCCGCGGUGUCUGCCGCACUUAAGUCUGUAUCCAAUCGUCAAAGUGAUUUCGUUCCUGUUACCUGUUCUAUUAGCGCUGUUGGAACUAUUACUUCAACUAUUCCUUCCACAUUUGCAGGCACUGCUGGAUUCCAAGACUUUAUUACCCCUUCCAAUUUUUCCACUUACCAACUCGCAUCGCCGCCUUCGGCAGGUAGUGCUUUGAAAGCUCCUUUUGCAUUUUCAUCUAGUCCUGACAUCUGCGUCCACCUACCGCCGCCAGUGGCUUCUCAAGUAGCGACUUCUCGACUUCAUUCGUCUGUAAACGAGCCACUGGAGGAUCAAUUGUCAUGGCAAGCUUCCAAUAGAACUAAUCAACUUAUGUGCACAUCUGAUGCCGCCAUCAUUUCAAAAAGUCCUCUGCCUGCAUCUCCGCUCCUCCCAGGAAAGAUAAUCCUGGCCCCUCCUCCUUGUUCUCAGUUUUGGCCUCCAUCAUUCCCUGUCACUCCCUCUUCGCCGUCGGUAGCUCGAGAUCUAUCUAUCGAGCCUUCGGGUAUUGCACAUGCCGCUGCUUUCCAGCUUUCUCAACCCGUGCGAUCCCCGACUAGCUGGUCGGGACCACGAGGUCUCACAACCUGGUCCGGAUCGUUGAACACACCGCGAGUGAGUACUUCGUCGCUGGCUCAGACUUGCCUUAACUCAUUGCAGCCAAAUUUACCAGGCAUUUCAGAAGCACGGGUAUGUUUCACCUUUUUUCUAUCUAUCUCCAGAUUCUAA